AACUAAAUUACCCUGGCCAUAAUUUCAAUGGUGUUGAUAAAUAUCUAUCAGAAAUUCCCCUUUCUUCGAUAACCCAAAUUUCCAACCAUUCCAAUUAACUUUACUUUACCUUCAUUUAAUUCUUCAAAAUUCGAUCAACUCGAAUACCGCUUUCUUUAAAAUAAUACGUCUUCUAAUUUACGAAUUCAUUAAAUAUUUACAAUGGCUCCAACCAAACUUGAGAACGAGGAUCACUCCCGCGAUGCUGCUUUCAACAAAGCCAUGCAUAAGGAUUCAUCCAAUGCUGAGGGUGGUUUCCGUGCUAUGAUGAAGAAGGACUCUUCAGCGCAAAAGGCUGCUGUUGAUGAAUACUUUAAGCAUUGGGAUAACAAGGCUGCUAAGAACGAGACCAAAGAGGACAGAGAUGCACGCGUUGCAGAGUAUGCUACUUUGACCAGACAUUACUACAAUCUCGCAACUGAUCUCUACGAAUAUGGAUGGGGACAAUCUUUCCAUUUCUGUCGUUUCGCAUACGGUGAACCUUUUUACCAAGCCAUUGCCCGUCACGAACAUUACCUCGCAGCCAAAAUUGGUAUCAAGGAUGGUGACAAAGUUUUGGAUGUUGGAUGUGGUGUCGGUGGACCAGCAAGAGAGAUUGCCAAGUUCACUGGAGCACACAUCACCGGUUUGAACAACAAUGAUUAUCAAAUUGAGCGUGCGACCCGAUAUGCGGCAAAGGAGGGUAUGUCCGAUCAAUUGAAGUUUGUCAAGGGAGAUUUCAUGCAAAUGUCUUUCCCAGAGAACUUUUUCGAUGCUGUUUAUGCAAUUGAAGCAACUGUUCACGCCCCAUCCCUCGAAGGUGUUUACUCUCAAAUUUUCAAAGUUCUCAAGCCAGGUGGAACUUUCGGUGUCUACGAAUGGCUCAUGACCGAUAAAUACGAUAAUGACAAUGAACAUCACCGUGAGAUUCGUCUCGGUAUUGAGCAAGGUGACGGAAUCUCCAACAUGGUCAGGAUUUCUGAAGGUAUCGCCGCUAUCAAAGCCGCUGGUUUCGAACUCGUACUCAAUGAGGAUUUGGCCAAGAGACCAGAUGCUACUCCAUGGUAUUACCCUUUGGCUGGUGAAUUCAAGCACAUGGGUACCAUUGGAGAUUUCUUCACUAUUGCCCGUAUGACCAAGAUUGGUCGGGGAUUGACACACAAAUUUGUUGGUGCUUUGGAGUACUUGAAGUUAGCACCACAUGGAACACAAAAGACAGCUGAUUCAUUGGCUUUGGCUGCCGAUUGUUUGGUCGCUGGUGCUAGGGAAGAUUUGUUCACCCCUAUGUAUUUGAUGGUUGCAAGAAAGCCUUUGGCAUAAGGUUGGGGCGUUUGUUUGGAUUUGGGGUGGGGUUGAGUGAUCAUGAACUAAUGCGUUUGUGAUUCCUUAUACAAGACAUAUAUUGGCUGAAGCUUUUCUCUUACUACGGCACUGGACUUGAUGUUUGGGAUGAGAAUAUCUUGAUCCAAAAUGGAAGCUGGAACGAUACCUAGCAUGUGCAUAUUAUAGAACGAUUGUAAUACUUACGAAGAAUAUAAAGAUAAUAAUACAAUACACAAUUUUCUCUUCGAA